AUGGCUGAGCUGUGGACUGCUUAUCUCUUUAUCUGCGUAGCUGUUUCAAGUGCCACAGCCACCGAUAAAGUGUGCAGCUACUACGAUGUUUACCGCUAUCUGAACCUCUCGCAAAGCAAUGAGCUCUUAACUUCAGUGCGGCCAGUGAAAGACUGGAGAACUCCCACCACAGUGCAUCUGGCCGCUAACAUCUAUGCUAUACUGGGAGUGGUUGAGAAGACUCAAGUUUUUACAUCUUUUUUCCAAGUACAAAUGCACUGGAAGAACGAAUUUCUGUUCUGGGACAAGGAUCAGUUCUGUGGGAUUAAAUCUAUUACUGUGCCAUAUGACUUGCUGUGGAAACCAGACAUCCGUGUCCUUGAAUUCAUUGACGAAGACGUUUCUCUUAAAGAGGCAUUUCUGUCGAUCAGGAGUAACGGAAUGGUAGUCAUUAACAAGACGUUAAGAAUUGUCAGCACCUGCACAAUAUUUGCCAAACAAUUUCCAUUUGAUGAGCAGAAUUGCAAUCUGACGUUCUUGUCAUAUCAAUAUUUAACUGGAGACAUACAACUGGAGUCAGAGUUUAACUCCUCUGAAAUCUUUUUCUUCUCCAAGAACUAUAUUGAGAGUGAAGGAGAAUGGGAACUUAAGGGUAUAACUGUUUUCCAAAGCAGUUUGAACUUGGAAAAGGAACCCUUGGCUACACUUGUCUAUCAGGUGUCCCUGAAAAGGAAGUACAUGCUCUAUGUGCUUAACCUGCUGGUACCAGCGGCAUUCCUGCUGAUGCUGGACUUGGCCAGCUACUUCAUCCCAGAGCCCAGUGGAGAGAAGCUGGGCUUCAAGAUCACAGUCAUCCUGGGCUUCUCUGUCCUACAGCUCCUUCUCAGUGGGAUCCUGCCCUCUAAUGGCAGAAUUCCUCCCCUGAUUGCAAUAAUUUUCGCCUCCAUUUUCACAUUCAUGCUCUUAAGCCUUCUCCAGACAAUAUUUGUCAAGUACCUCUGGAACCUAAAGCCGGACAGCUGCUUACUGAGAGGUUUCUGCAGAAAACAGAAGCCCAGCACUGACCAAUUCAAAGACAGUGGAAAUCAAGAGGACUCUGUUAAGACCGUAUCCAUUAACCUGGGGCAGGCUGGCCCUGACUCCAGCGUGCUCAGAGAGAUGCUGCUGGAAAUACAAACUGCCCAACAGAUGGUGAUUGGCCUCCAGAGAGAGAAAGAAACUGUUCUCAGCCUGGAGAGUGCAGCCAGGGCACUGGACACUGGUUAUUUUUAUCUGUACCUCAUGUCUGUUGUGAGCUUCUUCACUUACAUUGCUGUUAGUAUCAUGUAA